AUGGCUGCUGGGCAGGAAAAUAUCCCUCGGGUGCAUGACUCUCACCACUUGCAGCAGCAGCAUCGACAAAGGGAUUCUGUCACGUCCUCGAAGUCCUCUGACGCAAGCAACAGACGCUACGACCGGCUGAACCGCAUUCCUGUCCUACCAUCCGCCAGCUCGCAAGCACAAGUCCAGAGCCUCACCAAAAAGCUCGCUGCUCUCCCACGAGCGCUACGUCACGGGUCGCCAGUCCGUAUAGAGCGUCACCGUAAAUACCCGCAUGUGGGUCAGGGCCCACCGGUCGAUGAACAGCAUAGCACUCUGCUGCAUGUAAAUUCAAACCAUCGCGGUCUUAUAUCAGGACACAGAAGAAGUUCCGAACAGGCUGGGUCCCAGGCUCCCGGGCUGGCGCAGCUCAAUUUGGAUUUGCAGCAGACAAACGUGGAUAAGGUUCGCAAUUUGCGUAAAGUGGAACUUGGAAACGUUGGCACACAACCACAAGGCUGCAUACGUGAGUGGACGGACGAUGACACCGAUGAUUCUAUCCCAGAGCUGGAUGCGGACGAUGUUCGUCUCAUCACUGCCCAGUGGGCAAAUGUGAGGGAAAGGAGGGACGCGCUGAGGGAGACGUUCCAAAAGCUUGGUACCGCAAAAUCGUCUUUAAUUGACAUUAGACAGCGUAGGAAUCAUGUCUACGAUAGUAUGAGACUGGCUGUGCAGCAGUUAUUACCAGAGCAUCCUCACCUUGGCGUACUUCUGUCCGAGACGCAGAAAUUAGAUCUUUCAUACCAAAAAGCAGAAGUCGGACUCGACGAGCUAGUGGAUGAAUUGCGAGAGGGAGAAUUAAAGGUUGAAUUUGAAGAACGCAGAUUCUAUACUUCCCUCCUCGAAAGUCCACCAUCAACUGAAUCAGAGCUUUCACGAUCGACGUCUUGGGAGGCUCUGCGCGGCAUCAAGGGCGAGCGGUCCGAGGAUCAACAUCCACUGUUGGAAGACUUACGAGAGUGCAUAAUGGAACUCCACAUCGCGGAAGAGUUCCUUGAGGAUUUGGAGAUCCAAAAACACAUUAUUGCAUCAGUUGGGGGCCGAAAACUUACCGAUGAUGAACGAAGCUUCUUGGAUGAAUUCGAAACAUUGAGACAUCAGGCUCGAGGUGAAAUCGAAGACUGGAAGUCUAAAGCGAACCGCCUUAAAGCCGAGUGCGAGGAGAUAAAGUUGAUUUCGAAAGACUCUGCGUUGGGGAGGAGACGGUUUGAUCUAUACAACUUCACACUAGACGACAUCUACCUAGAAGAACUCUCCAUGGCGCCGGACUCCUCUGAAACGACACCAAAACCUUCGCAAUUUGGGCUUUUACUCUCUAACCCCAUGCAUCUACUUGGUGCCCCCUUCCCCCAGACAGCAGAGAUGUUUCUACGAGCCACAUGUAGGCUUCCACAGGAGUUUCCUCACAGGUCAAAGCUGAUGGAAGCCGCCAAAAAGGAAUUCGGCAUUGAAUCGCUUAUCGGCUCAUUUGAAGAUGAAGACAAACGGGGCUAUAUAAACCGCUGGCUCCUCCACAAGCUACGCCAGUCCCCAAUGGAAGCUGAGCUGCUUCUCGUUUACCUUCGGCCUAUGCUACAGGUCAACGACCUAGACCGUUGGCAACGAGAUGUCUUGUUCUACUGGUCUCGGGAUAAUGCUGCGACAUCGACAGACAUAAAGAAAUUCUCCAAUGAAACGAGAUCAGAUGGAACCCAAGCGUCGACGAUGACUUCCAUGGACGCCAGAAGGGCUUCAACUGAUUCACCUUCCCUGGGAGCAUCGCCAUGUUCCGACUCAUCAAAUAUCAUUUCAUAG